CUCCCUCAUGGUUCCCGAACCUGGAGUGAAGGAGACGCUGGGAAGCGGAGGCGUCGCCGCUAUUUCACCGUCCAGGACAGAUAUCCACGUCACGGUCAUGUUCAACGGAAUAUUCUCUCCGACAGACGCCAGAGACGUGGUCGUCAAGCUAAGCCUCUUAGCUGGAAAGCCCACUGAGCCGACCGUGGUGGCCAGUUCUGAAAUAACGCUGCCGAAAAUCCACUUCUCACUUAACACGGCCAGCGUGAAGCUGACCCUGGCUCCGGAGCAGCAGCCGCUGCUGGUUGCCGGCAAACUGAGCAUGCGCCUGACGUCACCCGACGGAAGGCGUCACAUCGAAGGACCCGUGAUCGUGAGGCCGACCUGCAACAUCUUUCAAGCUGUUCUGACAGCCGAGACGUCGAACUCCGGCUUUGCAGUGCUCAGCGUCAACCAUGACGGAUCAAUAUCAUAUCAGGCGUACGCCUCCGGCAUGAACAGUGCGCCCAUGGUGGUCGUCCUGGAAACGGACAGCCCGGCGGACAACGAGGUCCGAACCAUGGCUGCAUCGUACAACCCGCCGUUCGCGUACCACUGGACGAACGGCACAUUCACCCGCGGGACUAGCCAGGUGCUCGAGAUGUUGCUGACGGACGACUUGACCUUCAAGGUGCUUUCCGAAGGUCAGAGUGAACUGCGUGGCCGAGUGAAGCAGCGACUCUACUCGGACGCCUUUCUCAGUGAGGCCCCUGUGCUGCUUAUGUCUGAGGGUAACAGUUCGGCGGCGGGUCAAGCGUGGCUGUCGGUGGACAAGUCGUGCAGGCUUCACUACUCGGUCUUCGUCUCGGGACUCGAGCCCAGCGAAAGACAUCUCCUCGAGCUCCUCGAGAUCACACCAGCCUACAACGUGAUGCAAAGCGCACGCAGCGUCCAGAGGGUUCUACAGAGGAUCACCGGAGACGAGCUGGAAGACACGCUCGAAGAACCAAGCACGGCGACUCUGCACCGACUCAGCGGCGGCUCUUCGUACUUACUGGUCACCUCGAAGUCGGGAAAGUUCAAGCAAGUCGAGCUGCGAGGACACAUCAGAGCUAUUCAAAUUCCUGACAACUGCCUUCCCGGGAUCGCCAAGAGUGCAGCCCAGGGCGGGUCCGGCAACACGGUGUUACCCGGCUAUUCAAGUGACGCCGGAGGCGGCGGGGAAAACAACGAGAUAUACCGAAUCGAGUCCAACCACAAGUGCUACUACGACGGUGAGGUGUUCGACGACGGGGCCCAGUGGACGGCGCGACACGAGGCUUGCGUCAUGUGCUCCUGCCAGAGAGGCCGUCUGGUAUGUGACCCCGUCGUGUGCCCUGCCGUCCAGUGCCCUAAUGCAGUGACGCUCCCAGGGGAAUGCUGCCCAACGUGCCAAGACGAGUCGGGUGGUCUGAACGCGACUUUCGCGCCGGGUGAGGCCCACUCUCCGCACGGCUGCUUCCUGGAGGGAGACAAGAAGUUCCACCUGGCCGGCUCCAAGUGGCACCCGUACAUCCCGCCCUUUGGCUUCAGCCGGUGUGCUGUCUGCACCUGCCAGCCAACGAUAUUGACAGUGGAGUGUCGGCGUAUCACGUGCCCGCCACUAAGCUGCUCUGAAAAGGAUGCUUAUAGAGAGAAUGCCCUAUCGUGCUGCAAAAAGUGUCCCAAUGUGAUUCCUGUGAAGUCUCAAGAGGAAAGUGUACCAACACAGCUUCAUGAUCAAGGAUCGAAAAAGACACCAAAAGACAUUUUAUCAAGUGGAGGAUGUCAGUUUCAGCUACAAGUAUUCCAUAAUGGAGAAGAAUGGCAUCCAACAGUGCAGCCUUUCGGUGAAAUGAAGUGCAUUAGAUGCCACUGUAAGGACGGCAAAUCUCGGUGCAGAAGGCAGCGGUGUGCCAAGCUGUCGUGUCCAAUAAAGUUCCAGAAAGAAGACGAGUGUUGCCCACGCUGUGCUGACAAUGGUGAGGGCCGAACCGGAGACAGACCUCCGCGGAGGACGGGACGCAAGCGCAAGACCCGAGGCGGGACGCCGUGGAACUGAGCCUGGAGGCCAAUACGGGUGUCCCUCCCAACACGGACUGUCUCACCAAAACACCACCGGAACGCGCGAACACGAGCAGCUGAGCGAACAAAAGGUGGGAGAGAGCGAAAGAAACCAAGAGACGGGUGGUUGAAAAGCCUGGCAGCUGUACAUUCCACCGAACGACUUCCGGCCGAAUGGAAGAGUCCAACAUCGUCGCCGAGGGUGAACUUCCCACCCACGUGAGGAUGACGCCCGCUUCUGUCACCUCUCUUGAUGGAUCGCUGGCUCUCGCCACCCCCAGAAAACUUUAUGCCGGAACAUUGCGUGCCCGCUCCGGUUUCAAUCGACUGCAAGGAUCGACUCCGAUUUGAUACAUACCCGCCCAGCGGGGUGGUGCGCCGUUUUCUUCUCGCCAGUCACAACCAACUACGUCAUGCGUGGUAGUGAAGUGGGUGAAAGUGGUGUGAUCCAAGGAACCAAAUGUGAAGGGGUGAGGGGCAUCGUCAGUCAUAUGUAGCUGCGCUGGUGGCUUGUUCUUCCUCUUGUGGUGCUGCGUGCCGAACUAAGCCUCCCUGGCUGCUUCGAUGGACACACUGUUAUUUUGUUUCGACACGAAUGUCUCUAGCUACCACCAUACCCUCCCUCUCACUCUCGUGCCAGUGUUACGAGACGUUGUCCAGUGCGUGAUUGGCGGAGUAGAGGGGGAGUUACCACCGAGCGGAGUGCAGCGGAAUACUCAAAAAAUACCAGCUGCGAACUUUGACUAAUCCAGCUUCUGUCGCCAUCUAAGCAAGCCAAAGUUUCUUCCACGAGCUUCGUCCAACAAUGUGAAAAAAAAAAAAGAAAUGAAGAAGUGACACAGCGACGACGAAGCUCUUCUUCUUUGACUCUCUUGUUUCUGUGCAACUGUGUGCGGCUUCUUCGUGUAUUGUAGAAAAAAGGUGCCCAGAUUAAUGGAAAAAAAAGUGUGGUGUGAAAGUUGUCAUGGCGCUUGCAAGAGUAUGGGAACGAGCACGUUGCUAAUAGCCCGUUUUCAUCAAGAUCUUUUUAGUAUAUUUUUUCGGGCUCUAAUAAAGGAGGACUUAAUCGACAUCACUCCAGCUUCUUGUUGAGGUAAUAUGUUUAAGUGAUGUUCAUUUAUGAAACUGCUUAUGCACUGUAUUAUUUAUGCAUUUCACAUCUAAAGCCCUUCUAACGAGAAUUUUUCGGUAGCACUUAGUGACAGAUUGAAAAAUGGUAUUGCUGCUUUCCAGUUCCUUCUUACUCUGAAUACUGAUGCUCAUACUUGUAAACUGCAAUGCGGAAACUGCUUUAGACCAAAGACAAGAUAAGGCAGCAGACUAGGCUGGGCUGGAUUGGUCUCAUAUCUUAUUCGUCUGCUGUUGUUUGCCUCCUAUUCCAAAUUUGAAAGACCAACCUUCGUAGUGUACCUUUCUUCUAAAGCAAGCUACCAUUGCUGAUGCUAUCACUUUACCGGAUCAGGCACGUUAGUAAAGUUUAGCGUCAUGAUCAUAGUGACAAAUAAUAGUAUCAAUGCUAUACUAAUACUACACUAAAACAUAUCACUUUGUCUCUUAUUAUGGGUUGAAAUAAUUCAGGACGACAGUUUUUAACUGGGCUAUUUGUAGUGCAGACGCGUUCGCCAAAUGUACUUUCUAAGCAAACCUGUGACGAGCUCUGUUGUGGGUUGUUGUGGGUGGGGCCCACGGAAUGGCUUUUUGCUCUCCCAUGGUAGAGUACCAGGUACUCUUAAUUGUUAACAUCUUUUUCGAAACACACAUCAAUAAUACAUUGCUUAAUGUGCAAACGUGUUAUAGUGAUGAUAUCACGUGACCUUUUAAUAUUAUUAUUUUUUGCAAAGCACCCAGCCAGCUUAUGUCGUUGUGUACUGGGUGACCGGUUGCAGUAGCUGCGCCGCAACGAUUGCUUAACAAGGAAGCCAAAACGGUAACCAAAAUGAUAAUUUUUUAGCGUUGCUCAGUUUAUAUGUUAACACGGAUGACGCCGUUUCGUCAAAAUGAAAUUGUCGUGUGAAAACAGUGAUAGCAUAAUUAGUUCACUUUUGAUCACUCUCUUCGGGUUAGCAUAAAAGCAGAGACCUGUUUUCGCAAAGCACACUGGGUAGAUAGCUGGGCAGAACGAAAUGGCAUUGGAUCUUUUUACUGUAUAAAGCACGAGUAUAUAAGUACUUACUGAAACGCUCAGUAGGUCAUUUCAAUUUUCCACGUGUUUUCCGCAAGACUCUUACGGAAAUAAGUGGAUUCCGUCGGAAACAUGAAGUUACUGGAAUGAGACUUCCCUAUGAACCUACCUUAUAGCUACUUCAUUCACAGUAAGAUGGCUUCACAGAAGACAAAGUUACCUUCACUGAACAGACAAGAACUAAGAACCAAUCGUAUACAUUGCAUUGUGGUGCCUUCUACAGUGUACCACACGUCAGUAGCGCCCUCUAGCGAAACUAUGCAGCAGUGGUGGUGAAUCAUGGUGGGUCAACACGUAUCAACGACCAUUGGCUCGUUUUUUUUUUUUUUGCGAGAACAUAGUCGCAACUGCAGCUAUAGCUGAACUCAAUAAUCAGCUCAAGGAAAACCACCUAUUGGGGCAUUUUUUUAAGAUCCUCGAUAUGUUGUAUUCCGUGCGUGUUUGACAUGGAAUGAUACUUGUGUAAUUUUUUAUGGUGUCUAUUUUUCAAUUCAAGCAGCCCCAACGUGCAGCUGAAGUUGUGUUCAGAGGAAGCCUUAUGUCGGUCAUUGUUUGUUUUUAUUGAAACGUAAAAAGAGAAGCUAAAUUUGCAAGAAACGCGUCCACGAAUGAACGCGACUUACGAGACGGCAGUAAACGUAAUGUCUUUCACUUACUGCAAAGAACAAUGUUGCUGCCCGUAUGUAUUCUUGACAAAAUGGAUUCGCGAAAACAUGCAGUCACUGGAUCAACAGACAUUUAUCAAAUAAUGCUGAUAGAAAAAUAAAAUGGCCAAAAGAUAAAAGCAGGACGCCGACCCGAAAAAUUGCCCCCACCUCCGCGGAGGGGAUCGUGAGAGAAUGCGAAUGCAUUUCUUGCGCCGAGAGUACACGGCGUAGUAAUUUUAAUGGUGUAAAUUAAGGACGAGACCAACAUUUGUACCGUAAACAUUUCACUACACGUUCAUCAGACAGUGAACGGUCGAAACUCGAGAGCGAGGCGCGCGCUUCACUACAUUUAUAUAUAGGUACUACGAGCGAGCAGGCAGGAGAGUGCGGAGCAGCAAGGAGAGAGAGCGAACGUCGAGAGAAAGAGUAGUGAAGCACGACCUACCCUCUCCUACACUUUCUCAUACGGGGGAGCUCCGCCAGGCUCCUACGACACGAGAGGCCUCACACGCUAGAGCGCGCUCCUCCUCUCCACUCGCUCUCCGAUACUCCGCCCACACCACCAGCCCUGGUGGCGAGGGGCGAGAGAAAGCACACACGCCCACAGCCAACGUUACUAGAACCAGGUUCUAGUAACGUUGCCCACAGCUGUUGCUAUCGGAGAGGCAGUGAGAGCGGCGAGAUAACACCUGCCGACCCGUGGACACCAACCAACAGACGCCUGACAUGACCCGACUAAGAAAUGCAUUCGCAUUUAAAACACUAAAAAAGUGGCACACACGUGUCGACCUCCGUGCGAAACAUCAUUAUUUCCGACCGCGCGAGCUUUCGUCCAACUCUUGCGUUCAGAAAAAGAAAAUGUUGCACCCGAUUGCGGCUUUCUCUGAUCACGCGGCAUUUCUCAAAUAGUGACGCGUAUGUAAGCGUUUUAUUAUAGACACUAUUUACGCAAUGCGUACACUUAACUACGUACAUUUUAUGCAAACAUGAAUCCGGCGCGGGGAUAUUUGACCUUGGGCAUCCGGCACAUAGAGUGCAUCAUCUCAGCUUUAAUAAUUUUGUUAUCCAUGAGCGAGUCCCUGUUUGUUUUACGCUGAUUAUUCUCACAAAGGCGUAGGGAGUGGGCGCGCAUGUUGCCUCAUUUGUUAUUUAUUAUGUUACUCCCAUUCGCCUUUGGCGAUUUAAAGAAACGGGCCCUGCUGUGGGUCUGAUUCUGCGUUACAUCUCUUUUCAACUUCUUUAUUUUUUUUGUUUUACCUUCCCAUUUUUUAUUGUAAACGCCUUCACGUGCACUAAGCUUGAUUUCACCCCCGAAACAACGGAAAAUGUGGGAUGAAAAUCCGAGAAACAUUAUUCCGAGUAAAACAUUCAAUUAUUCGUUUAUGCUUCUCUCACUUCUAAACAAAAAUGACCGGCGAAAAAGGUUUUGGUCUAAUUUUCUCACAGAAUAACCAAAAUAUUUAGUGUCGCAAGUAAUCCCUUAUGCAUAACAUUAUGAUUAAAAUUGAAAGAUAAGGUUAUGUAAGCAGCAGGAUAUAUCUGUCGUGGCUCGUUAUUGGCGUUUACUAGAAUAUUAAAACUUGAAGAAAUUAGUAUAACAUCGCGUUUCAUCUGAAUGUGUAAUGGAAAAUUAUGAAGCUAAGAUUUAUUAUCGCUGAUGCAUAAUACAAGCUACUCUCUCUACUUAUCUGCAAAUAAAUACAUUUCUAACACGCUUAACCAUCUUCACCCAUACUUCGUCACUUAGGAUGUACGGCAAGACCCAUUUUGUCCUGAAGUCUGCGUAAGUGCAGUUGGUUGUUUGCCUUUCACGUUCGGAACUUCCAAGUGUAUAGAGGCAAGGGUACGCAGUGUAUUAAGAUGUCAUCCUUAAUACGUCACCCCUGCUUAGUGACUGGGGUUGCAGAAAGAUAUUGUGAACAAAAAAAAAAAAAACAUACAGUGUCAGUCUGCUGCCAUGAAUGUGCCAAUUUUGUAGAAUCAGUGAGAGAAUGGUUAGGUUGUGUUGAAAUUCAGCACAGUGUUUUAGAGCUCAGCAGAUUGCUUUUUUUGUUUUUGUUUCUGAACGCUGGCCUGGUCUAUUCUUUUCCGCUGUCGCGUCCCUGCUAAUUCUGCAGCGCUCAUUUUGGCGAACGCCAAUUGAAAGACGCAACUGGACCAUAAGCCUAAGGAAGGUCAGAAGCGUUAAAAAAUUAUAAAUAACGCGCUAAUGAACAACAGCUUGUGAAAUAUCAAUUCAUCUUGCCAGUAUGCUCAUCUAUAUAAAAACAGUGCUUUGAACAAUGCUUUUGAUUUUCGCGCGCCUUAUUUAUAAUGUAUGUGAUGUUCAGUGUUGUUCUUAAACGCGCCUCUUUUUCAAUAAGUAUGGAGUAUGAGCUGUAUUGUUUUAACUGAAUGCCCGUCUUGUAGAAUCUUCGUCGACUGCUUGCAUCGGUCACCGUGUUUUCUUUGUACUGUUUUCUGGAUCGCUUUUAGAGAACGGGUGCCCGUGAUUGCACAUCCGACACGGUUUUCGGAUGAAGAAGAGACGAAAAAAAAAUGGCAGUGAGUAAAGAGGAAGAGAACUAAAGAUUAUUAUUGAGAAUAAAAUAAAGUAACUAUUGUUUG